AAUAGACUUCAAGAGACUUGGUGCAUACUACGGUAGUCGCUUCAUUGAUGUUUUAUCUCUCAUCCCCUUUUCCGUGCCAUCUGGUCCUGCCGUCAUAUAUCACUGCGACGGCCUAGGGGGUAAAUCAACCCACAAAAUGGCGAGAUGAGAGCUUCUCAGGACCUCAGCCAGCCCCCUCGAGCUCUUCCGGAGACCGAAAUCGAUGAAGAAAAUUUUGGGUUGAGUCCUGAUUCAUACACGGCACGGAAAUUGCAACAUGCCUCUCCAGAACAUCUUCAUAUCACGAGUCGACGGACGUUUAUUGGCCCAGUGCCCCAAAGUUGGCUACAGCAUCAUCGCAAAUCAUGGCGUAAAACGUGGCUUGGACUGAAGGAUUCCUCGUCCCGCCUUGCUACCUUCUCUGUGAACGCUGCCUUCGAUCACAUAAACACCCGGCAAUUGACCGGUUUCACUACGACUCCAAAUGAGCGAAUUUAUAGCUCAAGUUUCCCACAACCCGAUGACACUUAUGAAAAUCGGGAGCCAAUGAAACCCACAUCAAUAGCGCCGGUUGAUACGUCCCAAGAAGAACUUGCAGCAGGGAAUCAACAGCUGAACCAUAUUGAAAGUGAACACUAUGGCGACUUAGGCCAUAUGACUAAUGCAUUGGACCGACAACGCUCAAACGUGAGAAGGUCGUCGACAGAUCAUGCUACCAUAGAGGAGUAUUUUACCCCGAGUGAGUCGCUAGAGUGGAAGAACAGGUCUGGCAUUUUUGAUUCAAUAGACACGCACACCCAACACCCAGGAAUAUUGAAUGCGGACCAGAACAUUCGUCGUCAACCUACACCAGCGAGCGAUUUAACACCAAACCAACCCGAAACACCGUUUCUGUCAUUACCGACUUGUGAGAGCCCGCCUGGGACGGAUGCAACAGAAUCUACCACAUCUUUAAUACCACAUAAAAAAGGAUGUCCUGCAAAAUUAAUAUCUAAGGAGUCAUCAAGGCGUCUUCGAGCAAGAGAAUCCUGUGACGGAGCUGUACUAUCUGGGAAGGGAGGCACAGGCCAUCCCCUAACCGACCAGGGAAUAUUGAGUAAUGUCACCUUAGGAAUGGUUCGAUUCCAACAAGAUGGUUCAACAGCUAAAAAUACGCAACCGCGCGCGGAACCGCGGAAGCCAAAGUCCCGCGAGAGGGCAAAGGGGCGACGUCGAACUCUUCUACCGAGCAACGAUGGUGAAAUCAUUAGAGCAGAGCGUAUGCUAGUUCGCAUUGAUGUCACAAAAUUGGGAUCACUUCCAAAUGAUUUUAGUGAAAACAACAGCAUUAAAAUAGAAACCCGAAUUUCCGAAAAGUGGAGAGAAUAUCUGGUUGCCUGCCGCCGGGGCGCUGAUGAGGAAACCCCUAUUAUCCUUCAUCUCUAUAAAACCAGAGUUAUUCCCCAGGUACAAGUUUCACGGGUGAAGAAAAGUUCAUCUCACGAGAUUCCUCUUACACUAGGAUUUACGCGGGUUAACUUAUUUUCAUCCCUCGAUAAAACCAUCGUUAUUUGGCACCCUAAUCAUGAAGGAACUGUACUGUUUAUAAUGCGAGCAAAAUCAUCAGCUCAUUCCAUGGAAUGGUACACGUUUCUUCGUACGACACUUGGAUGGCAACGCCCCACAAACCUUAUAGUUCACGUCCCUGAUCUCGACAUUGCUGUGCUUCUCAAGCACCCGUUUUCUCACUUACAGAGUGAUCGCAUUAUGACUGACCAAGAUGACAAUGAGGGACGCUCAAUGCUUCUCAGGACAAUGGCCGAGGAACGGGCAAUUGCAGCUGGCAUAAUUAAGACCUGUAUGGAUACGUUAUCUGAAUUCCCAGAAUGGGCUUCUAUCCUGAAAGUAUGGCCGGGCUCUGAGAAAAUGGGUUUGGCCUGGCGAAGGUAUGAUAGACUAGAGUGGGUUCAUGGAGCCAACGAGGAAAGAAUGUAUGGAACGAUAGCCAUGAGGACAUCCCAUGAGCUCGAACUACGACCCAAACGGCAUUAUCCGACGAGUAUAAAGUACUGUGGGGCUAAAGAAGCCACAGAAGAGCCACCACCUGUUGAAGGGUUCCUGAUACUGCUUACUUCCCAAAAAGGCAAACACCAGCGGUUAGGAAAAUCCUACUCUCGGCGGCUUUACUUCCACGUUCAGAAUCAAUACCUAUGUUUUUGUCGACCCGGGAGAGCUAUGCCUCCCCCUCCUCCACGGCCACCAACCACUGCUGGGUCUAAUAUUCCAACCGUCUCUCAACUUUCCAAGGACACUCCUAUGAUCUAUUCCAUCGAUCCAUAUCCCCUGCGUAAUGGGAAAAUCACGUGGCUUUCAAGAGUGGCGCGACAUCAUCGAGAACAACAUGAUGCUGAAGCCUACCACGAGAGCAGAAGGAAUCUAAAAAAUCUGGAACGAGCUGAGGGUUAUUUUGAUCUUUGCCGGGUAUCAGAGGUCCGAGUUGCAAGCAAACAUCAUUUUCCUGAAGAAUCACACACCAAUGGGGGCGACGUUGAUUUCCAUGGGGAAGCGAGAGAUAGCACAACACGGGGCGGUCCAGAACAAGAUCAUCAGUCCCGAUCAAGUAGGUCAUUUGAGCUAGUGAUGAGUGGUGGACUUGUUGUGGAGUUUCGGGCCUAUAAUAUGCAAACAAGGGACGAGUGGGUUCAGCGUCUUUCGGACCUUGUUCGAUACUGGACUGCGCGAACGCGAGAAGAUGUAGCUAUUAUGAAAUCAGUUCGACGGCAAAAUCUCGAACUGCUAAACAUAACGGAAGACCAGGAGUUCAUGUUCGAACAAUUUGCGUCAACCUGGGAGGUUUCUAAAGCACAGACAUCCCCAGAGCUGUUUAACAUAUGUGGGAUUUCGGGUUGCCGAACAGUCAAGAUGUCCGGUCUUUUGUAUUGCAAACCUCGAAGGCGCUCAGCGUUUACAGCUUGCAAUGUGAUCCUCACGGAAGGCCAAAUUCUCUGCUUCCAGAGCCUCAUACGUAAAUUAUCUGGUGAAGAGACGCCGCAUACCCACCAUGAACGCGAAUGGGUCCUAGAUCUCCACGACUGCUACAUAUACAGCGGUCUAAUAACAAACUCUGAUCUCCUUUACCAAAACCGCACCAUCGAUACCAACUUACCAAGUCAACAUGCUUCACCUCGUGUUUAUACCACUGACGGAUGGACAUCGUCGGACGAGGAUAUAGCGACAUGCUUCGUACUCUGGCAAAAUUCACGGAAGUCCGUGUUCCGCAGUCAGGCGAAACAGGGAGAGGCUGGAGAGCGAACGAAAAAAUGGAAGAAAGUAUCUACCUUGGGUGUUCCCGGCAGGUCCAUCGUGUUUAAUACGAGAAGUCGAGCUGAGCGAGAUAUGUGGGUGUUGAUGAUUGAAACGGAGAUCAAUCGGCUGCAACAGCUGGAGGACGUUCGAAUUGUCUCUCAGGACAAGUGA